AUAUAGUUUAUUUUGAAAACAUUUAGUUUUUUUUUGGCUUUUUCGAUUAUUCCGUUUUACCCUCCGUUACCCACUUAAUUGUUGUUGUAUCUCAAUUUAGCGUAUUUACUAAAUAAAAUCUGUGAAAAGAUCCUUUGGAAGCAUAGGGUGCAACCAAGCAAUAUGAAAACAGAGCCUGUUCAUGAGAUGUGCAACAACCAUACGCCUACAUGAAUCGGUUUAAGUGGAAUUCUAGUACAGUGGAUAUGAAAGCAAUAGUGUACUUCAUUAAUGUGUCUUCUAAAACAUACAUGAUCAUACUAACCAAAAGUUAUUAGAAACGACAAAUGUACUUGAUCAGUUCGCUACAUAGUAAAUCGUGUUAUGUUAACAGUCUUGUGAUUUUUAAUAAUGUCUCUGUACUUAAAAUAGCUUGUCAUUUGUAUAAAUAUUUUAAGAUUACCUUGCAGAAAAUUUUACAUGUCCAGAAGACUACGCCAAAUGUCCUGGUAGUUUCUGCGUACCGUUAAUGUAUGUGUGUAACGGUAGAAUAGACUGUUCUGAUGGAUAUGAUGAAAAAGUUUGUGCCUGCAAAAACCAAAGAAAAAUUAUUAUAAUGACCCCGGGAACAAAUGACGAUACGAGAUUUUUAGAGAUAGCGGCCAGACUCGGAGGACUACUGUUUACAGAAAAAAGUGAAGUGAAGGUUGUUAAAUAUGAACCAAUAGCAACAAACUUCCAAAGAUUAGAAAAGAGUUCCUCUAAACCUAUUAUAACCUUUCAUAUUUCGGAUAUUUUGUCAAAUAGUGAGCAUUACAGAAAACCAUUCAAACGUAAAGACCUUACUGAACAAGGUAUCAAAUAUUUCUUAGAGGACUUUUAUGAAGACGUAAACGAACAUGUUACUUUCGGAAUUAUAUUGUUAACCGAUGAAAAUACAGAGACCUAUUUAGAAAGUGUUAUAUUUCAACAGCUUGAUCAAAUGGAAAAAGGCUCUUUAAAGACAGUUUUCAAAUACCAUGUAGUUAUCGAUAGGAAUGCCAAAACUGAAAUUUCCCAUAUUAACAAGGGCAUUGUAAGAGAAAUAAAUGUGAGAAAUGCUGAUAUUCUUGGAACAAUUGGAAAUCAAAUUUUCCCGGAGUUAUGUGACGGAACAACGCUGCCAUGCCACGGGAGGUAUCGAUGCCUCCUCAGUAAAGUAUGUAUACCACUUAAUCAAGUAUGUAACAAUCGGAAAGAGUGUCCAUACGGUGACGACGAAGACAACUGUAACUUCCAAUGCCCCAAGAGUUGUUCUUGCGGCUCAUUAAUUAUAAACUGUUCAAAUAUGGAAACUACGAAUGUCACAUUAAGUGGGUUAAUACCGGCACGUGUUUUAGAUCUCAGUAACUCAACAUAUAUUUGCACAGAUUUUUUAGAGCGAGAUAGUAUAAGACGAUCUUUCACGUUUUUAAUUUCCCUAAACAUGUCUUAUUGUAAUAUAAAGACUUUAUCAUCGUACACAUUUAGCGGUCUAAACAAUUUAAAGACUCUCGACUUAUCAUUCAAUACAUUCACGAAACUGCCUACUAAUGUAUUCGAUCAGUUGAAAGUCUUGAAACACCUCAUACUUACAGGUAACAACCAGCUUAUGGAAAUAGAGCCGGGGGCUUUAUAUGGCAUUUCAUUAAACAAUCUAACUGUAAGUUAUACUAAAAUACACACGUUAUCAGCCGACAUGUUUAAAGGACUUUGUUUAGAUUAUCUAGAUUUGUCACAUAAUGAAAUUACUGACGUACAAGAUUUUGCAUUCAAUUCACUUGAAUCAAAUACCAUUGAUAUACGAGAAAAUCCUAUCACAACAUUCGCUGGUAAAAUGUUUUCUGGCAUUAUUAACGUUCAAAAGCUAAAGACACCUGCAUUCAAAUUUUGCUGCAUCCGGCCGUCAAGUCUUAAAGAAGAAGACUGCCUACCUUACAAGGAUGAAUUUUCCUCUUGUGAAGAUUUAAUGAGAAAUGGCACCCUUCAAGCACUCAUGUGGACCAUUGGGAUUUUAGCCCUCCUUGGAAAUAUUUUAUCGCUUGUGUAUAGACUUUUAUACGAUAGAAAGAGAUUGAAACUUGGUUAUGGAUUAUUUGUAACAAAUUUGGCCAUCGCUGAUCUAUUCAUGGGAGUAUACAUGCUGAUAAUUGCAGUAGCAGACAAAAGUUUUAGAAACAGAUAUAUUGAAGUUGACGAGUACUGGAGAAACAGUGUUUGGUGUCGGCUAGCUGGAGUUCUAUCAACAGUUUCCUCAGAAGCAAGUGUGUUAUUUAUGUGCCUCAUCACUAUUGACAGAAUUCUCGUUAUAAAAUAUCCUUUUGGACAACUUCGGUUUAACGUAAAGUCUGCCACAUGUGCCGCAAUAGCAACGUGGAUAUUUGCCCUAAUCAUUUCCCUAUUACCGGUUAUCUACACAGGAUACUUUGAAGGACAGUUUUACAGCAAAUCGGCAGUUUGUCUAGCUUUACCCCUGACACGUCAGCGUCCACCCGGAUGGUUGUAUUCUAUUUUACUAUUCAUAGGAUUCAACAUGUUUACCUUCAUACUGAUCGCUGUUGGCCAGUUGCUAAUCUAUGCAGAAAUUAAGAAACAAGCUUCUUUAAGGAAAUCACUGAACAGUACACGUACGAACGAUCUGAAGGUAGCAAGAAAUCUUCUACUACUUGUGACCACUGACUUUAUGUGUUGGUUUCCAAUAGGAAUGAUGGGUGUUUUAGCUUUGGCAGGGCAUACUAUUCCAGGAGAGGUGUAUGCUUGGACAGCCGUUAUUAUUUUGCCGAUUAAUUCUGCCCUUAAUCCAUUCAUGUACACACUGACCGCUAUCUAUAGUAGACAGAAAUUUAGCCCAAGUGUUGAAGAACAAUCAAGAACAGAUAUGUUUAAAGAAAUGGGAAAGAUAGUGUUGAAGAUCUACCCAUAUGUGCCGACGUACAAGCAGAAAAAGAACAGUACAAUUCUAUCCCUUCGUGAUGUUAUGAAAAAUCGAAGUCUUACGCCUCUCGAAACAGCUCAUUUGAUUUUCCGCAUUCUCAGUUUCAUAGGGAUUCUGCAUGAGCAUGGUCUGGGUCUCAAACAGAUAACAGAAGACGACAUUUUCGUUGCCGUCUUGGACAAUGGGCUAAUUAAGCGAAAGAUUCAGAUAGAUGUUCGUGCUUAUCCUAAUACAUCUACCAAGAAAAACGUCAAUGAUGAUAUGUAUAGUUUUGGAUGUCUUUUAGAGAGGAUUCUAAGAAAAAGCACAAUUCCAAAGGGCGGCCGGUCGGCUGAUACGUAAAUCAGAUUAAAAACAUCUGAAGUGAAACGCUUGAGUUACAAUUAGAAACUGGGAAUAUUGUUCGACAUGACUUACGCACUCGGCGGGUGUUUAGUGUUUUCCUUUUUAUUUCUUCGUGACCGAUAUGUUAUUGUUAUAAAUGUAAAUAUGAUAACAGAUUUCAUGAUUGUUCCCUGUAAUAUUGUAGUUCAUUAAACUACUACACGUCUUUGUAAUUACGGAAUACCUGUUUUCAAAAGGGAAAUAAUUAUUGAUAUAAAUCAGUUUCUGUAUUGUUUCUCUCAAUAAGUAAUUCCAUAAUUGUUCGUUGUUUGUAACAAUAUGGCUUUAAGUUUAAAUUGCACAAAACUGCACUUGAUUUAAUGUUAGAAUAUACUUCAGAAAAAAAAUAUAUUGACUGGAUAAAAAAUAAAAUAUCUGAUUUCGUAUUUAUGAUUUUGAAAACUAAUCCAAGUUUAAUCGAAAUUAAUAGGACAAGAGUCAAAUUCCGCAAGCAACUGCAGAAAAACAUUUGGGUUUGGUCUGUUAAGGCCAAUGUCAGCUUUGCUUGUAGGGUGUAAUCGGUUUCCUCUCAUUAGCAGAGAAGACAAAACAUACGACCCUAAACUGUCGCAUUAUGAUUUUAUGUGUUGUAUCAAUGAAUCAUCUAUUGUGUAGUUAAUAAAAUGGUUA